CCCAAGCCCCGCCCUCGGGGCGGCUUCCUUGCCUGUCAAACCUCGGCGGGAGCGCGGGGCGCGCAGGGUGCGGAGUCCCUUCCUCAGUUUACCCCGCGAGCGAAAAAAAGGAAAGGAUUGUCGGAGGCUCCCGGAUGUCGAGCGGCCUGAGGAUCCGGCUUCACUGAGGUGCCACAAGACCGUCUUCCUGGUUUUGCAUCGCAUCAGGACUUUGCUGGAAUUGCUUUUGUAAACCUCAUCUUGACAGCCUCUGUCGUGGUGCAUAUCCAGGCCUCUGGCGCUCGGAAAAUUGCACUGCUUAAGUUGGCAUUAGGCACAAUACUUAGCUGUUGACAUCAGAGAGAACUGAAUUGAAGCCCACGGUGCAUGACCCAGGAGUAGGAGAGGGAAAUGGACUGCUGAGGUGGGCGAAGUGGUGCAGAGGGGGCACCUCCCAUGCUGCCCUGUUUCCAGCUGCUGCGUAUAGGGGGCGGCAGGGGCGGUGACCUCUACACCUUCCACCCCCCAUCCAAGUCCGGCUGCAGCUAUCGAUUGGGCUGCAGGGCCGACCUGUGUGAUGUGGCUCUGCGGCCCCAGCAGGAGCCCGGCCUCAUCUCCGGGGUCCAUGCAGAACUGCAUGCUGAACUCCAAGGGGACGACUGGAGGGUCAGCCUGGAGGAUCACAGCAGCCAAGGGACUUUGGUCAAUAAUGUCCGACUCCCAAGAGGCCACAGACUGGAGUUGAGUGACGGUGACCUUCUGACUUUUGGCCCCCAAGGUCAAGCAGGAACCAGCUCCUCCUCGGAGUUCUACUUCAUGUUCCAACAAGUCCGGGUCAAACCUCAGGACUUUGCAGCCAUAACCGUCCCUCGGUCUAAGGGAGAAGCUGGGGGUGGUUUCCAGCCUAUGCUGCCCCCCCAAGGGGCACCUCAGAGGCCACUCAGCACCCUCUCCUCUGCCCCCAAGGCCACACUGAUCCUCAAUUCCAUCGGCAGUCUCAGCAAACUCCAGCCCCAGCCUCUCACCUUCUCCCGUGGCGGUGGCAGGCCACAGGGCCUGGCUGUUCCCUCUCAGCAUGGGGAAUCGGGAGCUUCGCCUGCCCCACCCACAAGAAACCGGAGGAAAUCAGCUCAUAGAGUGUUGGCAGAACUAGACGACGAGGGUGAGGUUUCCCCAGGCGCCCUGUCAGUCCUGACGGAGCCCAGAAAGAGGCUCCGGGUGGAGAAAGCAGCUCUGAUAGCCAGUGGGGAAUGACCACAGGGAAAGGCUCAUUGCUAUAGACUGACUCAAGGCUGGAGAGUGCUUACAACUGAAGUGACAGAAAAGAUGGUUUCCUGCCAAAGAUGUUGCAGCCUCCAAGUUACCAGUGAGCUACAAGCCCAGUCACAAGGAAUAAAGCCUUGUCUCCAUGGAUACCAGGAUACCUGCGGUUAGAGCACCAGUCCCAGAAACCAUCCCUAGAAGGUAGAAGAGGGAUGCUAAACGUCUUUUUAUUUUGCUGAAGGCAGCAUACCAGGCAAGUGCUCUGCCAAAAUACCCUAACCCUACUUAUGUUCUUGAAUGGCAUCAGCUAAAGCAACCUGAAGAACCCAGAGCACGGCCCCAAGGCUUCCUCCUUCGUGCCACGACUAGCUAGUACCAACACCAGCUGAGUCUCUGGGACUAGCUUUUCAGAGCUUACUUAGCCUUUAUUCCCAAAUAAAGAAUAAACUGCUUCA